AUGACAUGUGCUCUUUCAGAGCAACAACAUCAAGUUGAUGAAAUGCAUGUUAAACCAGCAAUAGCAAGCAAACGUUUCUAUGAUUUUGGUUCUCGAUCAAUCCAUGCCAAUGAUGAAGAAUUACAAAACUCCAAUGAUGAAUCAGAUCGUGCUCGACGAUUCUAUGAUUUCGGUACAAGAAAACGUUUCUAUGAUUUUGGCUCAAAGAAACGUUCUAAUGAAUAA